UCCGGUGUCUCGUGAAGCUAGUGCCAGUUUGGCAGUCGAGCCGAGUGAUUCGUUCCGCGGGAAGCUCCUUUCGCGUUUGGUUCGGUCUCCGGUUUUGGAUUUGAAGCAGUGCUGUAUUGUGCACACCAGAAACGGCUUUCGGUCGAUUCCUUGCAAGGAGGAGGUGGGGGAGCGAAUGAUUAAUUGGCGUUGCCUACCUGGACAGGUGGUUCGCUGAUAUGGGCCCUUGACUAUCUGCCGGCAGUACGACAAGCCGGGUCAAGUGAUAGUGUGCGCACAGGUGUUCGACACCCGUUCUUUGGCCCGAAAGAUUCUAGAGUGUGUUCUAGGGAAUCGAUCUUCGUGAGUGAGUGAAGUUCACGCAGCUGCUCGGCAUGGGCGGGAAUCUUAAAGCUGCGGAGUUAAAGUGAGCGUGAAACCAUAUUGUUGGGUUUGGCGAAGAAGAAAAAGUUGGAAUACAGAGAAGCACCAACAUUGACGAGGGUGGUGUUGAAGCGAAAGGAAAAUCAUUAACCCUAAGAGUGUGUCACCCUCUCGGGGAGUGGAAAAUCAGCAGCGAGACGAAGGGUGAACAGAAUCAAGCCAAUCCCUAAUGGGGUGGUAAAUAUCCCAACAAGCUUCUACUACAACAACAGCAAGGACCUACGAGACGCAUUCAAAAGGCGAUUCGAGGCGAGAAAAACGUGAUCCUUCGAGCUGCGGCGGAGUGUGAAGAGAAGAAAAUUAAUGAUAUUACACUGUUGAAUAGAGCGCGCGAGCCCAAGCCCAUUUUUCUCCGGAAAAGAAAGGAAGACGAUUUCCGCGCUGGUGGAAGAAAGGUGGCGGUGGUGGUUGUGAGGGGAAGUGAAUGGAAAUUACACAGUGAUUAUCAUCAAGUUUUUCGGGUGCCGUCGUUUUUUCUCUUUUACUGUGGUGUUGGUGCUGAAGCUGAUACUUUUACGGAAUGGAUGUGCGUGACGGACGUGAAUUUUUUCACGAAAUUCGUUGAGCUUUGUGCGAGCUAAGUAGGGAAAGAAGUGCAAAACUGUGCCGGGUAUUUGUCUAACGAAACGGAACCAAAAUGGAUGGAAUGAACUUUUUCCGUUACGUUCGUCGAGUGGCUGCGGUGUAGAAGAGGAAAAAUCGAUUAACGAAGACCGAGAGAAAAAAGUGUAAAGCUGAUAGAUAUGGAUAAAUUUUUCGCGGCCGCCAGUGCUGGCAGGGGAGAGGGUGGUGGUGUUGUGCGAGGAAUUUCGGCCGGGAUAUGGCCUCGAUGCUGGGUGUUGUUGGGCGUGCUUCAGUUGCUGUUUAUGCUGCAAAAUGUUCAAGCUCUUCAAAACCCUCGUAUUAUCGAGCAUCCGAUCGACACGACAGUGCCUCGCCAUGAGCCGGCCACGCUAAAUUGUAAAGCUGAAGGAGUUCCAGCGCCCACCAUUCAGUGGUACAAAGAUGGAUCGCUGCUGAAGAUUUUCCCGGGAUCACAUCGGAUAUUUCUUCCAGCGGGAGAGCUGUUUUUUCUCAAGGUCGUCAACUCCCGCCGGGAAAGCGAUGCCGGUGUCUACUGGUGUGAGGCCCACAACGAGAAUGGAGUCGCUCGCAGCCGGAAUGCCACCCUACAAGUAGCAGUGCUUCGGGAGGACUUCCGGCUGGAACCUCAGAGUACCCGUGUGGCACAAGGCGAGACGGUUCUUCUGGAGUGUGGCCCUCCAAAGGGUAUUCCGGAGCCGACGGUGGCCUGGAGAAAGAACGGCCAGAAGCUGGACGUCGAGAGCAGUAAACGUAUUCGAGUUGUGGAUGGGGGCAACUUGGCUAUUCAGGAUGUCCGCCAGACCGACGAGGGACAGUAUCAGUGCAUUGCGCGAAAUCAGGUUGGCGUACGAGAGUCAGCGGUGGCAUUUUUAAAGGUUCACGUGAAACCUUUUCUGAUACGAGGACCUCACGAUUCUACGAUAGUCGAGGGGUCUUCGGUAACGUUCCAAUGCCGGGUGGGAGGAGACCCUAUGCCGGAUGUCUUGUGGCGAAGGUCAGCUUCAGGUGGCAAUAUGCCUCUGGAUAGGGUACAUAUUCUAGAGGAUAGAAGUCUACGACUUGAAAACGUAGUCUUAGAUGAUGAAGGGGAAUACAGCUGCGAGGCAGAUAAUGCUGUGGGUACCAUAUCUGCAACUGGGACACUGAAUGUUCAUUCUCCUCCACAUCUCGUGAUUCGUCCUGUUCAACAAGUGGUUGAAGCACCACAUGACGCUACCUUUGAAUGCAGAUCGGAAGGUCGACCAAAGCCAACUACCUUCUGGUCAAUUGAGGGUAACCGGACAUUGAUCUUUCCCGGUAGUAAGUUUGACAGGUUUGAAACAUCUACCACGGUUGAAGGUCUAAGCGUACUCACAAUACCUCAAACUACUAAGGCAGACAACGGAUUGAUCGUAGUCUGCAGCUCUGUCAACUCAGUAGGAUCAAUAAGUGUACGAGCCCGCCUCACGGUUGCCUCCCAAGACGAUCGACCUCCACCGAUCAUUAUCCUUGGACCAUCCAAUCAGACGCUCCCUCUGGGCUCAGUCGUAGCUCUCCCAUGCAAAGCAGUUGGUAAUCCAAACCCAAUCAUCUCCUGGUAUCUAGAUGGAAACCCGGUCAUCAACUCCGAACGGACCAACAUGACUGACAAUGGUACUCUUAUCAUCCACGACCUUGACAAAUCUACCGAUCAAGGCCUGUACACUUGCGUGGCAAGCAGUCGAAGUGGCAAAGCGACGUGGAGUGCAUACCUGCGUCUGGAGUCCCCAACCAACCCGAACAUCCACUUUUUUCGGGCCCAUGAGCCCAGUGCCUUCCCGACCGCUCCAGGAAAGCCACAAGUCGUCAACGUAACUAACAGCUCGAUAACCAUCUCUUGGCUACCGAGCAUCAAAUCCGGUGCAUCCGAUAUCAACGGAUACCUAAUCGAAGUGUUCGCCACCGACAUGGCCAAGGGUUGGAUCCCUAUCCCUUACAAGUUGUCUUCCACGAGUUACACCUACUCCCCGGUAACGGCCGACGUAUCCUACACGUUCAUCGUCCGAGCAGAAAACGACCAAGGUCUGGGAAUCCCGAGCCUGAUGUCCGACCCGGUAACCAUCGGUCGGGAUUUCAACCACGGCGAAGACAUCAAUCUGAGCGAAGCGCAAGCUACGCUCUCUUCCGGCAGUGUCGUCAACCUGCUGGAGGCAAACGCUUCCGAUUCGAGCAGUGUUCGGCUGGCGUGGGAGAUCGUGAAUGGACAGUACGUGGAGGGGUUCUACAUCUACUCACGCCAGAUCAACAGCAAUGGGACGUACAAAACGCUUACGGUGCUGCAUGGGGGUGGGGCUUCGGCUUGUACGAUCAACGGGUUGGAAAAGUACACCGAGUACGAGUUCUUUUUGGUGCCGUUCUUCAAGACGAUUGAGGGAAGGCCUUCCAAUUCUAGGACCACGUGGACGUUGGAGGAUGUUCCUAGCGCAUCUCCCGUCAACAUGGAGGCAGUCUUGUUGAACACGUCAGCUGUCUACCUGAAGUGGGAACCUCCAGCAAAUCACAGCUUGAACGGCAAACUGAAAAACUACCACAUCAUCAUCCGAGGCUAUGACAUCCACAACAUCUCGAAAGUUCUCACCAACAUGACCGUUGACGGAGACUCACCGAAACUCCUCCUAGCCAACCUCUCAGCCGGUGUGACUUACUCCGUUAGUAUUGCUGCUUCCACCCGAGUCGGAAUGGGUCCCUACAGUGCUCCUUCCAUUCUUCGGUUGGACCCGCACACCAAACGAUUGGAUCAAGGUUAUACUCGGUAUCCAAUAAAUCACGACUACUCGCACGACAUCCUGACGCAAACGUGGUUUAUUAUACUGCUCGGGUCGAUCAUCGCCAUCAUCGUGUUCCUGUUCGGGGCAACCGUCAUCUUCCGGCGGAUACAGUUCAUGAAGCACAGCUCGCUCAACAACAUGCACGGAAAUCACGCAAUCGGAACGGUACGCAAAUUCCCGACACUUCCGUUGAAUCCGAACGGUGUGUGGAUCGACCCUGGAGGCGGAGUUUGGCGACAGGCGUCCGAAAUCACCAAGGAAGCCAUUACGGACUAUGCUGCUGUUUCGAACGCUCCGACGUUGCCACUGCCCGACUAUGAAAGGUUGUCCCCUCUGAACAUGCCCGACUACGCCGAAGUGGCCGGCUGCUCAUCCUUCAAAAACGAUCUCGGCGGAUCACCCUCGUACGAUAACUACGGUGCGUACGCCUCCACCACCCUGGUUGGACGUUCCAUUGGCAAUGCUGCCUCCAACGGGACGUCAGUGGCAUCCGGUGCACCUAUGUUCGCCCAGCAGCAGAAUCAAUUCGAUGGGAAAAAUGUCUACUCCGCCCCCACGAGCUGCCAUUACAAUAAUUUCAUAAAUCAACAUCAACUGCGCCAUCAGCAACAAUUGCAUCAACCUCCUUCUGCAGCUGGGGUUGAACCGAAGCGACCUGGCGGAUCCUACGGGGGGAGCAUGAAGAGCCAGAAGAUGAACAUCAUCGAAAACCGGAUGGCCGACAUGAUGAACAACCUGGGCCAUAGUCAGACUUCGGUGGCAUCGGCUUCGGCAGUCGUGCCUGGCCUUCCCGGGUCACCAUAUGGCGGUUCCAGUGUGAGUAAUCUCAAUGCAAACAGCAGCAGUAAUCUACUUCCGGUGGCCAGGGCCAGUGUAAGCGUUCCACAUACGCCCCUUUUCGGCACCAUCAAGCGAACGACAAAAUACAACAAAAUAGGCUACAAUAAGGAUAAUAAACUCAAUUUCGGCGAUAAUGGCCGCUCAACCGAGCAGCCAUUGUUCAUCAAGUCCAAGUAUGACGGAACGUGGUCUUCGGUUCCGAGCACAGCGGCCUCGUCAGCAAACAACAUAAAUAUGAUUAAUAAUUCGCCAUAUCACCAGCAACAGCAGCAGCAGCUACAACAUCAUCAUCAAUCGCAGAGCCAGUUGCCGUUGUUAGGUCAUCAUCAUCAUCAGCCGGCGACGACGACAUCGACAUCGCAUCAGUUCCCUGGCAAAGGUCCCGGAAGCUCCAACAUUUUGGAUCCCUUGCCGAAUGGUUGCUCCGGUGGUGGUUCUGGUGUUGUUCCAUCCAUGCCAGCUAAUAAUUUAGAUAAUCAACAAAUACAGAAUAAUAAUCCCAGCGGCAGCAACGGAAGCAGCAGCAGUUCCAAUAGUAGCAGCAACAACGGCAGUAAUAGUGCAAGCCACAAUGGAACCGGUAGUAGCUCACAGAAUUAUUUAACCAGCUUCGGCAAAACGGAUAAUGUGUAAGAUCCACGGGGACAGGCGUUAAGGGGGUGGCGAGUUGACAGAGGGGAGGUCGUUUCCUGUGAUUCGGACGAGACGAAGUUUUGUCAGGGAGAUAUUGGGUGAGGUCUUGCUUUCUGGGUGCACCACAUAUACAAUGUGUUUUGUAUUGUGCUGAGUUUGCAGCGGUUCGUUGUGGGGAUGCGAAUUUUGAUGGAAGGUUGAAAGCCACGUCUACUAUUAAAGAAACAUCUAAGUAAGAUUAAAGUAUGGAAAAGGGAGGCAGUUUGGCCACCGCUAAAAAUGCUGAAAAUAUUAUGAAAUCUUCGAAUUUUUCUUGAUUUUCAACCAUUUUAGUUCUACGGUAUUGCAGCAGUCAGUACCGGUAAAAUACUAUCCUAUUGAUGUUAUUCAUGAAAAAAAACGGAAUAUAAUGAGGAAAAAAUAAAAUAUAACUUAUACGUUUUAUAAAAAAUUAUCAAUUUAAAAAGAUUGUUGAUUAACACACCGAGGACGACGCCUAAAAAUCAGUUGGGACGCUAUAUUCAACCCACUACAUCUUGGCUAUUCUCAGUCCGAUUUGUAAAAUUUUAACACUUACAGAAAUGCAUUGGCUUCUAGAUACAUGUCAGAUUUAUAAAAUUUCAUUUCAUAUUCAAUUUAAGGAACUACUGUUUGAUUUGUAGUACUUAAAACAUCGGAGCAAUUGCAUUAAUUUUUAAUUAAGUCCUUUGAUUAAUUAAGACUUAAUUAAUUUUUGAAGAAUUGGCAACAAACUCAAUUACUUAUAACCAUUUUUAAAAAAUGCAUCAGAUACCGGUAAGAUUAUCUGAGCUUUCAUCGAUAUAGAUCAGUUCUAGAAUAUCUAAGGAUAAAAUGAUCAGGUAUUCCACUAGGAACUAAGAAGCAUUGCCUACGACAGGGAUUAUCUAACCAAUUUAUCCAGAGAUUCUUCAAAGGUAUUUGUUAGAUAUUAUUCUAGAAAUUUGCCUUGAAAUGCCUUUUAAGCUUCUUCAAUGAAAUUUAUCGAAUACUUCCGAUAAUUGUAAUUUGUUUGGGAACACCCCAUGUGUAUUUUUCGAGCAUUCCUUCCUGGACCUCUUUAGAAGUUACUUAGAUAUCCUAUGGCGAUUCAUGUGGAAUUUGUUACGCGAUUCUUUAAGAUAUUAUCACUGAUUAUUUUCCUCGUGACAUCUAUGACAAUGUUCCAGAAAACCUGCCAAAUGUAAUGUAUAAAGAAAUAUCUCAAUGAAAAAGUGAGAUAUAUUUUGAUAUAAUUUCUUGAAAAUCUUAAA